UCAGCGAGGUGACAUGAAGUGACGCCAAUGCAUUCAAAGCUGUUCCAUUAGCUACCUGGAUCACCGAUCCCUGGCGCCUUGUUUGAACGUAGAACGUCGUCGUUUGGGAGUAUUUCGUCAACAAAAAAGACUGUAGGCUACCGAUAGCUGAAUUUAUGCCAUAUUCCCGAGGGUUAACGCGUUUAGAGUGACGAAGGUACUUUUACGCGAAAGUUCUGGAAACCACACGUUCAUCCGUUGGUCGUUUAGCUAGCAAGGUCGAUGGCGUUGUUUUUGUCCUCGCCUAGUAUGUCCCCUUUGGAAGAAGAGGAGGAAAUGGCUGUGUUUGAGUCCACGGCAGCGGAGCAUGGGGGCCUUGGAAGACCGCGUCUGCCUGAGAUUUCGGUCAUUUCGCCCGGUUUGGACCCCCGGCCGUCCACCAUGGCGCAGGAAAUUGCUGUGAAACCAGCACUGGUGAGGAUGGGCAGUGGCGGUGCCAAAGGCGACCCGGAAAGAGUGCAGGUCUUUCUGCGCAUCCGACCCCUCACAGAGUUGGAGAGAGAAAGGGGAGAAGAACAGGGUUGUGUGGAUGUCCAAGACGAUGAGACUCUGCUGCUCAAAGCGCCCAAGUGCUCCCAAAACAUGAAAAUGGCAGAGAGGGGUAUCUCUCAGAGUAUGCACAAGUUCACUUUCUCCAAGAUUCUGGGACCAGAGACAACACAGCAACACUUUUAUGAGUGCACAAUGAAGGACAUGGUGAAAAAUGUGCUUCUAGGAGAGAACCGACUCCUCUACACCUACGGCAUUACCAAUUCUGGAAAGACUUAUACUAUUCAAGGGACUGGUCACAAGGCGGGCCUCCUGCCCCGAGCUUUAGUAUCUCUCUUCAGGAAAGUCCAAGGACGUCUCUAUGGUGCCAUGGACCUGAAGCCCGUCUUAUACCGGGAUGUGAGGCACUUGGAGCCCUCUGAGAUCAAGGAGGAGGAAAUGCGCCGAUGCUCUCUCCUCAAAGAGGAUGAGAAUUCUCGUCGAGGCGGCACCACAACAUGGGACAGCGGCAUCGGCGGUCUCUCUACCACAAGCAACAUUGCUACCCAGCUGGAAGACUGCGACAGUGUUUGCCUGGAGCCUGACAGCCUGUCGCAGAGCGGUGAGAGCGACCUGGAGGAAGGACUGCAGUUCUCCAUCUGGGUGUCUUUCUACGAGAUCUACAACGAGUUCCUGUACGACCUGCUGGACGCCGCUCCUUCCAAGCAGCCGAGGAAGAGGCCCACACUGCGGCUGAGCGAUGACAAGAACGGCAAUCCCUAUGUGAAGGACCUGACAUGGAUCCAGGUCCGCAGUGCAGAGGAAGCCUGGAAGAUUAUGAGGGUUGGACGUUGCAACCAAAGUUUUGCCAGCACCCACCUCAACCAAAACUCCAGCCGCAGCCACAGCAUUUUCUCCAUCCGUGUCCUGCACAUCCACCCAGAUGCAGAUUCCGGCCGCAGCAUGGACAUCAGCGAACUGACCGUGUGUGAUCUAGCCGGGUCGGAACGCUGCAAACAGCAGCGCAACGGCGAUAGGAUGAAGGAAGCCAACAACAUCAACGCCUCCCUGUUGACGCUGGGCCGCUGUAUCGCUGCUCUGAGGAACAACCAGACCAACAAGUCACGCCCCCCUCAAGUGGUGCCCUUCAGGGACAGCAAGCUGACCCGAGUGCUUCAGGGGUUCUUCUGUGGGCGAGGAACCUCCAGCAUGGUGGUCAACAUCAACACAUGUGCCUCAGUCUAUGACGAGACUCUCCAAGCACUCAAGUUCUCAGCUAUUGCUUCCCAACUGGUCCAUGGUCCCUCCACUAAGACCAGAGUGGCCUACAUCCUGUCUCUUCUGCGUGAGCCAGCCAACGGGAACGACAGCAGUGUGGUGGAGGAAGAGUCUGAUGAGAGCGAUGUGGAAGAUGGAGAUAUGACCAUGUUGAACACAGAGUCUUUGCUGCACGCCAUCGACCUCCUAAAGAGACAGUUGCAGCGGCAGCAGGAGGAACAGGAGCUGAUUGAGGCCAAAGUGAGGGAGGAGGCGGUCUCGGAAAUGAUGGAGCACGUCCUGAGAAUGGAAGAGGAUUUCAGCGAGACCUUGGACAGAGAGAGAGCUAUGAUCGAAGCGCGCUGCGAGGACAAGAUAGAAAUCCUGCAGAAACAUUUGAAAAAAUUCUACACGCAGGAGCUACAGGAGCGUGACCAGGAGAUCGAGGAACUGAGCGCUGCCUUGAAGAAGCAGAGAAACAACGAAGAGGACUCCGGCUCUCCACCCCAGCAGCAGGACCCCGAGGGGCCUCGGCGCUCCAAGCGCCGCACCGCCCAGACGGACCUCAGCCGACAGCGCGAGGAGCUGGACCAGUGUCGCGCUGAGCUACUAAGCAAGACGCAAGAGUUGUCCAAGCUGAAGAUACAGCUGGAGGAGCCAGGCUCGGCGGGCACCGCUGCCGCUAACCGCAAGCUGGAAGAGGGUCAAAGGAACCUACGUCAGCUGCGCGUCGAUCUGCAGAGGCUGGGUUCGGAUCUGCAGUCUGGUGAGCGUGCCUGCUGCCGCAACACAGGAGGCGAGAGACUGCGUCAGGCUUUGUCAGCCGCGGACGAAACACUAAUGAAACAGGACCAGAUCCUGGUGGAGCUACAGAACGGCCUGACGCUCGUCAAGGCCGACUUGAGGCGCAAAGCGGAGACGCCAGUGCAGGCACAGCUUCAGCUUCCUCGCGUGGGUUUCGCUACACCUGGGACCUGCAAGAAGCGGGGCUGUGGCGCCGCUGCCAGCGACUCUGAGAACAAGCCUCCACAAAAGAAGCCUUUUUGCCAGUCUCUGUUUCCCACACGCACACCAACGCGCAAAUACAACAUGCGUAACAACGCAGAUGUAAACCUAACUCCUUACUCGAGGAUCCUGAGGUCACGACAACAGUCUCCAAGCCCCGUCCUUACACCUCGUAUCCUUAGGGGGAAGUACUGAACACUUGUGUGGGUCUUUAUUCAAUAUUUGGAAUGAUAGUUUUAUGCCAAAUACAGUUCUGAUUUUGUGUUUGUGUCCAGCUACCAUUGGUUUUAUUCUUUUCUGGGUAUUAUUCAGCGCACAGAAUUGUAUUUUGAAAGUUAUCCUGCAUGUUUUUUGUUCACUGUUUGUUUUUAUAUGUUGUGUGUCACACCUUGUGUUACCCUGACCAAAAUACCUUGCACAUCGUACAAAUGCAGAUCAUAAAGCAAGUCUGUAUGCAACAUAAAGUACAGUAAAUCUUUUCAACCGUC